AUGGCUUCCUGUUACUGUGGCGAUAUACAAGACUCUAUGUCUAAAAAAUCUGCUUUCAAAGAUGCCAACGAUGCGCUGGUAGCGUCGACAGAUCCGCGUCAUCCUGCUAACCUUAUUUGUUCGCUGUGCAAACUGUUCUACUACAACAACUGGGUGACCGGAACCGGCGGCGGAAUAUCUAUCAAACAUCCAGAAACUGGCCAUAUUUACAUCGCCCCCUCGGGCGUGCAAAAGGAACAAUUGAAGCCUGAACACAUGUUCGUCAUGGACCCAGUUUCUAAGGACUAUCUACGCACUCCGGAACUUUACAAGCCCAGUGCAUGCACACCCUUGUUUAUGUCUUGCUACUCGCAACGUGAUGCAGGUGCUGUGAUCCACACUCAUUCACAACAUGCAGUGAUGUGCUCUUUAAUUUUCGACAAAGAAUUCCGUAUUGCGAACAUCGAGCAGAUCAAAGCCAUUCCAAGCGGCCAAAAAGACCCCGUUACUGGAAAGGAUAUCAAUCUGUCGUUUUUCGAUACCCUGGUUAUCCCAAUCAUAGACAACACUGCUCACGAAGAAGAUUUGACGGACGGCUUGCAGGAGGCGCUAGAUAAAUACCCUACCGCAACGGCUGUCAUUGUGAGGAGACACGGGAUCUACGUGUGGGGUCCUACAGUCGACAAGGUCAAAGUUUUCAACGAGGCUAUCGACUAUUUGAUGGAGCUCGCAUGCAAAAUGCGCCAAUUGGGAAUCCCACCGGACUGUGGUAUUGGCGAGGAAAAAAAGUAUUUGAAGGGAUGA